AAAAGUGGAGAGAAUGACGUCUCGCAUACGUUUGCUAGACAGAGUGUAUGAUAUAGAGGCAUGCUUCUCUGCUCCGCCCCUUAAAAGUCUAGUCUCAGACUGUGUGUGUGUGUGUGUGUGAGAAAGAAAAUGAGAGAGAGAGAUACACAGCUACAAAGUGAUUGUUUUACUGAGAGGAGCAGACUUCAAUUUAUCUGUCAGGCAUGUUUGAGCUCUGAAUUUACCUCUGAGUGGAAUUGUACUUUUCAUCAAAAAUGGUGACCAUCUUUGCCAAAGCGCUCUAUGACAACACUGCUGAAAGCCCAGAUGAACUGGCCUUCCACAAGGGUGAUGUUGUUGUGGUGAUAGAGCAAACCGUUGAGGGCAGCGUGGGCUGGUGGAAAUGCUCUCUGCAUGGCCGGGAAGGCCUUGCACCGGCCAAUCGGCUGCGGCUCCUCUCACCCUCCGAGAGUAUUUAUCAAAUCCCACGUCCAUCUGAAGCCAGCCCAACUUAUGAGGUCAUGGAGCAUUUCUACAAGGUGCCAUCCACAAACAUGGUGCACAGUCCUGUUCUUUUCCCACAGAAAUCUAAAACACUGGAGAGACACACCUCUCUAAACAAGGUGGUUAAAGACGAUAGAUCCAGUCCUGGUGCAGAUAUGUAUGCUGUUCCUAUGGUUGGGAGAAAAGGCUAUUUGUACACGUCACCAACGCCACGGCCUACAUAUCGGAGACCUUCAAUUACAAACAUACAGAAGACAUAUGAAAUCAUGGACAACAGUGUGCACAAACCAUGUGAGGCAAAUAUUUAUGCUGUACCACCAACACCAUCCAAAGAACCCAAUUAUGACAUUCCUGUACCUUCUAAAAAGGAAAUACAAUUAAACCUUGGUUCCAGCUACAGCACUUUGCUUAACCCACAAAAGUUUGAGCAGAUAUAUGAUGUUCCUGUAGCACCAGAAAAGCCUAGCAGUGGCUGUGGAUUUUAUAGCACAGUACCAUCCAAAGGAGCACAUUGUGAAAAAGAACUCUAUGACACUCUACCAACAUGUGUCCGCCUUGCAACUGUCCCUAGCAGGUUGCUCUAUGAUAUCCCAAAAUGCAGUGAGCAAGCACAACAAAAAGGAGACUCCAUCCCACCAAGCAAAGAAAGCAUCUAUGAUGUACCACCUAGCAUCCACCAAAAAGAAACCAUUAUGAAUGGUCUAAUGCUCUCAAAUGAGAAAGAUGUGAACCCAGUUGAUUCUGAAAAUGUUUCUAAACCUCUGGAAUAUAGAGUUUCUAAACCUCUGGAAUGCAAACCUGCACAAAGGCCUGGUCAUCCUCAUGGAUGUUCACCAUGGGGCAGAAAGGUUAUAUUGUCCAGAGAACUACAGGAGAGGGGAAUAAUGCCUAUUGAAAACGAGAUAAAGAAUGGCAAAGGUGUGUCUACUUCCGAAAACCAAAGAAACUCCACAGUGUCCAACUCCUCUACCACCUCCAGCUCUUCCUGGAGCUCAUGCGACUCUCUUAUGUGUGGAUCCCCCUCACCAGAGCCGUUGCGGGAGGUCACAUUGUCCCCAGAGGAAGCAGCCCAACGGCUUUUGCAACUCCAGGAAUCAGUCUGUCAGGCUGUAUCCAAGCUCAUGGACUUUGUAAGUAGCCGCUGGAGAAACCGCGAACACCUUAGCCAGCACCUGAAGCAGAUUCGUGCAGCUUCAGAGGAUGUGGCCAACUCAGUAACUUUGUUCCUCAACUUUGCUCUGGAUAUCAGAGGUAAUGCACAGAGGCUGACUGACUCUCACCUGCAGGCCAGGCUGCAGAAGCAGCUCUCUAUUGUAGAGGACUCUGGACUGAUUGUGCAGAAAUCAGUGGAUGCUCUAGGUGAUUUGGGCUGGUCUUUGGAUGUCCUGGCUCAGGAUCUCAGGCAAUCACAGACUCCAGAUCAGUUGGAGCGCUUAGUCAUGGUGGCUCGCACUUUGCCUGAAGACCUGAAACGGUUGGUGUCCAUUGUCAACGCCAACAGCAAGCUUCUGUUCAGAAACUCACCAAAAGAGCCAGAAAUGCCAAAGAACACCAGUCUACCAGAUGCAAGAAAAAGCCCUAGCAAACAUGAUCCAAUGCAAGAUACACAGGGAGAUGAGGAUUAUGUACAACUUCAGACGAAGACAGAUUUUGAAACGCAACUGCAAAGUGAAGCAAUAGACACCAGUGAAUUGGAAGAAAAUGAAAGAAAACAGGCUUCUGAACCAGAGCCUACAUGUGCUGACAGCACAAGACAACAACCCAGCAGGCCUGUUAUUUCCCGCCACUGCCGUCUGUAUUUCGGGGCCAUCAAAAAGGCCAUUGCUGUGUUUAUUACCAGCCUGCAGGAACAACAGCCCCCUGAGAAGUUCAUAUCCCACAGUAAACUGGUGAUCAUGGUGGGCCAGAGGCUAAUAGACACCCUUUUUUCUGAAGCGCAGAUCAGGAAGGACAAUCAGGAAAUCCUGCAAAAAAGUAACCACUUGUGUGCCCUCCUCAAGCAAAUGGCAGUGGCUACCAAAAAGGCAGCACUGCACUAUCCUGACCAAGUGGCAAUGCAGGAAGCACAGGACUUUGCCAAAGAGCUGGCUCAGAGAGCACACCAUUUUCGCAUGUCUCUGGAUACCUGAGGGUUCUGUGACAGGACAACAGUAUUUUCAAAGGUUUCAGCCAGAAACAUUCCCACAUGUUCUGCAAUUGUGCUGUUCUCACCCAUUUUUAUUGUCCAUCAGUUCUUCUAUAAAUGUGUCAGAAAAAUGUCAAAAUGUGUGGCAUCAGAUAGCAAAGCAUUCAGCUAUGUCUAAUUCAUAUUUAUUAAAGAAACACUGUAGAGGCAGUAAAAUACCAGAGUAGGUGGAGAUAUUGUUAGGCUUGCACUAGUCUCAAGUUAAGAUUGGAGCAUGUUCCAUAAGCAGCAUACAAAUGUGGCAUUGUCUAAAUGCAUAGGAGAAGACUACAGGAGCUAGCUAACUAGAGAUAGUAUAGGGUUUGUUAUUUUCACUUAAGCAAAAUGUGCACUAUUUUUUGUCAAAUGUUGUAGGUGUAAAGAUGAUUAUAUAAGAUAUACAUUAGACAAAAUAAUUAUACUAUUUAGCUUUGUUUUAACAAAACUCACUCACAUUAGAGCAGUUUUUUAUAACAGUAGAUAUUAUUAAAUAAUAAUAAAUUAGAUACUUUUUCUUUCAAGUAUAGGAUUAUAUGUCCAAAGUGACUGUUAGAUUAAGCAACAUUUUAAAUAAAUGCAAACAAAACAGUUAUUCUUUGAAAAACAUGUUGGCACAGUGAGCGUUGGCGUUAACUCUUCCCACUUCCUAGAGAAUAAAUAUAAGGUUUGCGUACAUGCAGCAGUUUGUCACUUGUUACUUUGAAAAUGUAUUAACGUUUCUAACAGAGGAGAGGAUCAAGAGCCCUCCAAAUCACCUCUAACCUUUAUUUAAAACAAAACUAAAUUAAAACCUAAACGUUUUAUUUUAAAUGAAUUAAGAAAACUAUUCAAAGUAUAUCUAAACACAAAAUGUUACUUAUUGCAUUGGAAUUAGAAAUAUUUUUAUAUCUAUUUUGCUUAUUUUCAUUAAGGGUAACUGAAAGGUACUGUGUGUACAUUGUAGACAAUAUACUAUACAUAUUUUUUUAGAUUUUGUGAUGGGUUACUCUUUCUGUCUCUUUUUGAGCAUUGUGUAAAUAUAUUUCACCAAAUUGUAUUGUCAGUUUUAAUAUUUACAUCUUAGAGGUCACAUUUUAUUUAAAAAAUUAUUUGCUGUGAUUUUACCAACUGCAAUAAUUUUAGCCAAAUUUCUGGCUGUAAUGUAUUUCUUAACUAAA